CCCUGCGCCCGCCGCGGGGUCGGAGUCCAGAGCGGCUCCGGGAAGCGACGGCGAUGGCACCGGCGGCGUCUCGGCUGCGGGCCGAGGCCGCGCUCGGGGCGCUCCCGCGGCGCGCGCUCGCCCGGUACCUGCUGCUUCUGCGGCGGUACCCGGUGCUCACCAAGGCGGCCAGCAGCGGCAUUUUGUCAGCACUUGGGAAUCUCUUGGCCCAGAUGAUUGAGAAGAAGCAGAGGAAAAAAAACUCUCAAAAUCUAGAUGUCUGUGGGCCUCUCAGAUAUGCAGUUUAUGGGUUCUUUGUGACAGGACCACUGAGCCACUACUUCUACCUCUUCAUGGAACACUGGAUCCCUCCCGAGGUGCCUCUGGCCACGGUCAAGAGGCUCCUGCUAGACCGUCUGCUCUUCGCACCAGCCUUCCUGAUGCUGUUCUUCCUCUUCAUGAACCUGCUGGAGGGGAAGGGUGCUGAUACCUUCGCUGCCCGGGUGAAGAGUGGCUUCUGGCCUGCGCUUCGGAUGAACUGGAGGGUGUGGACACCCGUGCAGUUUAUUAACAUCAACUACGUACCUCUGCAGUUCCGAGUGCUCUUUGCCAACCUGGCAGCUUUGUUCUGGUAUGCCUACCUGGCCUCUCUGAGGAAGUGACUUCACAUGCACUAUGGACAGAGACCUGGGGGAAUCACCUGCUGGGGGGGGGGGGGGCUUCACCUAAUUCUAAAUCCUGAUUCAAGACCCUUCAGAAUCACAGGAGGAGAAACAAAUGUCAAUGUCAGCACGUGGUGCUUUAGAAAGGCAGCAGCUGACUUGGAAAGCAGAAGGACUUCAGCUGUCACCUUCAACCAGAUGAGGGUCACAAUAAAGGGUGAUGCAGCUGC